AGGGACUGCAUUAGGAUACAUUUUUGCCCAGUGUAUAACCCAGUCAGAAUUGGACCCCAUUGGGGCACCUUGGUUCUGCUAAUCUGUGAACAACUGCCAUAAGCAGAGGCUUUGGAGAAAGUCUCUCCUUUUUUUGUAGAUCUCUUGAAUCAGUUGCUCAGGUAACUUGCUGUCAGCCUGAUCCUGCAGGGUGCUGACCUCCUUUGACUCCUGUUGCAGUUAUGGUGAAUUGAUGGACUCACCUAGACCAUGAGUCCCAGAAACCAGUUAGGUGUUGGGAGCCUGCUCCGCUCUGAUCACCAAACAAUUGGUCUUUCCUUGUCUUUUGCGUUCCCCUGGGUGGGGUUCAGGCCUUCCUCAGCCUUGUAGGAUUCAGCUCCUCUUCCUAUGACCCCAGGGCUUUCAUGGGCCCUGGGCCCACCUACAUAGUCCUUUGAGCUUCAGGUUCUCUCUCACUCUCUGUCCUCCUAGUCUCUGGGCCUGCCUACCCAGUCCUUUGGACUGCAAGCCAUGGUCCCUAGUUUGCAGUCUGACCCCAUCUCCACUCCCCACACAGUAGCAGAGACUCCCCAGGCACUCCCUGUGGCUUCAAAACCCACUCAGAGCUGCUUUUGGUCCUCCAGGCUUACACAGUAAUAAAGGGUAAACAUAUACAUGACUUCAUGUCAGUGCAAGACAUUGCUGAGCUUCCUUUGGCCUCUGUGGUCUGGAGCUCCUUCCUCCUGGCUGGUCAAAGCCGGACUGAGGCCUCAGCAAGGAUGCCUUAUAAAGCCUAUAACCAUGCUCCCCUUCCCCCCAGGUCACCUGACUAAUCACUUCCCCAUCAGGCCUGCCAGCCAUGGCCUGGGGUCCCACAGUCUCUGUGUUUCAGGCUGAUUGCUCUUUCUGCACAUGGGGUGAACAGCUGUUUUUGAAUUAUAUGGCAUGAGAAGGGCCCAUUACAAUCUCUCAAAUCACCUGCUAUGGCAUUAUGCUGUUAGCCUGAUCAUGCAAGGUACUGAGAUCCUAUGACUCCUGUUGUGGUCACAGUGAAUUGAAGGGCUCACUUGGACCACGACCCCCAGUUUGUUCUAUAAGCACUUUGCAUCUGUAGAUCCCAAAGGCAGGAGCAUCUCAGCAGCUCUCUCCAGCAACUUGAGGGACAGUACCAACCAUGUGCUCCAUACUGUACACAUACAGAGAGACAGGCAGCAUGCCAAGGAGUGCAAAGUCUGAAAAGGAAACAAGUCAAGACAGCAGCCAUUGGCCACCCACAGAAGAGGACAGUCCAACUGACAAGGAUCUCCCAGAUUUGCCAUGGGGAUUGCCUGGCUGGAGACAGAUGGCAGAAUACUCCACAGAAAUGCGGCAGUUCGCCUGCACGCUCCACAUCUACAGUAGUAAAGCCUAUGAUUAUCUAAGAAAGAUUUUUCCCUUGCCUCAUCCUUCCAGUUUAACAAUUUGGUUGUCUAGUGAUGAUGCUAAUCCAGGCUUCAGCAAUAGCAUCUUUUCUCACCUGCAGCAAAAAGCAGAGAAGGGUGAACAGGCCUAUCAAUACUGUUCCCUGCUAGUAGAUGGUUUGGCUCUCAGGAAACAGUUGGAUUGGGACCCCAGGAUUCAACAUCUGACCGGGUUUAUGGAUCUGGGAGUAGGAGUACUAGAUGCUGAUGAAGCACCGCAGGCCUCUGAAGCUAUAGUCUUAAUGGCAGUAGGGGUUCUUGGUUGCUGGACAGCUCCUUUGGGUUAUUUCUUUCUAAAUGGAGCCACUGGCCAUAUGCUAGCUCAACUGCUGCAUCAGACUAUCAACAAGCUGAGCAAUAUCGGUAUUGUGGUUCUCUCUGUGACUUCUGCUGCCAGUGCUCAUGGCAUGGAGACAGCAAAGGCAUUGGGUGUGCGCAUGGAUGUUGACAAUAUGCGGUGCACUUUUCAGCACCCUCACAGCUCCACUCAUCAGAUUGCCUACUUCUUUGACACUUGCCACCUGCUGCAGCUAAUAAGGAAUGCAUUUCAGUGCUUUCACAGGAUAGAGCACCCCUGUGAAACAGCCCACUGGCAGCAUAUAGUGGACCUAGCGGCUUUGCAGGAGAAGAGACUAUUACACACCAGCAGCAGCUGCUUGUUGGGCUCACUCACAAACAGGGAGAGCUGUUACUUGAAGGUGAACUAUGCUGCACAGCUGUUCAGUGAUGGUGUUGCGAGCGCACUGCAGUGGCUCCAGCUGUCUGGCCUGUCUUCUUUUCAGAACUGUAAAGGUACCAUCAGACUUGUGCGCUUGGUGAGUAGUCUCUCUGACAUUUUUCAUGUCAGAAGCCCUUAUGGGAAAGGAUUGAAAGGGCCUUUGUCACCCCAAAAUUAUGCCAAGAUCAGUUGCCUCUUAACUGAGGCCAAGAGCAUCUUCGUCACGUUAACUGAUGCUACAGGGAGGUGUGUUCUGAAAAGCAAACGGAAAUUAGGAUUUCUGGGCUUCCUGCUUAAUGCUGAAAGCUUAAAAUGGCUUUAUGUCAACUACAUAUUGCCAGAGAGCACAGCAUUCUGCUACCUCCUAACUCAUGCAUUCAGCCUAGACCACCUGGAACAGUUCCUUGGGACUCUCAAACAAGCAUGUACAGGUAGCAAUAAUCCUACAUGCACCAUGUUCCAGGCUGCUUAUCGUCAGCUGCUGACCAGGGAUAGUUUGAUGCCAGGAUCCCAGAAGAAUAACCUAGUAGGUGAUACAAGCACUUUAGAUGCUUCUCUCCUUCGCAGUAAAGACUUAACACUUCACAAAGCAUUUUCUCAAUUUACUCUGGGUGGGACGGAGAGUAUAUCAGUGGAUUACAUGUACUCUGCUGGCCUUGUUUCCUUGUACUUGCCACUGAGCAAUGUGUUGAUAGAUAUGUCACUGUAUGAAGAAAGCAUCACUGGCACUGCUGGCUUUGUUGCUGAGAAGUUAGCAGCUCUUAAAAAAUGUGAAGCUUGCUUUGCUUCUCUCUCUGAGUUGGAUCAUGAAAUCCUAAACUGUGGUUCUCUGUUGUGCAUAAAAAAGAUGGGUGUCUUGAGUUUGCCUUCAGAGAGCAUGCGUCAGAUUGUCAGUACUGCUGAGCAAGUCCUGAGGACAUAUGUGAGAAUGGAAGACUCUAGCUUAAACCCAAAACAAAGGGAUUUGUAUCUAGAACAGAAAAUUUUACAUGAGCUUUCAGGGCACACUCCCUUCUUCCCCAACUUAACUGAUCAUCUAUGGGACGGGGAAUUGCAUGUUGUCAAUCACUAUACAGUCCUGUUAAGGGAAAUAGUACAAUGUUAUUUACAUAUCAAAGCUGAACUUGCAAAAACAUGGGGUUUGGAAUACUGUUCUGGAAGGCAUGGAUUGAAGAGAUUGCCUAGGAGAGCUUCAUUUCCAUCCUCAUUAAAGACUUAUAAAUCUAUUCAAAUCUUACCUGUGCCAUAACGACUCAUUCAUUUGUUACAUGUUAACAGAUCUCCCCUUGAGUAAUGUUUAGAUCAGGUGCUCUGUACAGUUCAGCUAUCAGAGAACUGAGAUGGUGCUUUCCAUUCAAUAUCUCAGUAGAAUUGUCUCUGGAUGGUUAAUAAAGGGAGUCCAGCAAGGACAGGCAAUCUUGUGUUAGAAAUGGAAAGCAGUUUGAUUUUUAUCCCAGGUUCCCACUUAAAGUACUGCAAAGCUACUGCAGAUUAUAGAAAAUGGCAGGCCUUGAUUUUGUUGGCAAUUGGAAAUGUACAUUGAGGUUCUUGGGUAGAGUUGUAGGGGAGGCAAUCUUAUAGAACAGCUAUUUGUGUUCUCAGCUGCUUACUCUGAUGAACGCUCAGUUCAUCUGAUCUUUAUCCAUCAGAAGUCACUGAUGGACUAGCAUAGUUGCUGAUAGCUCCAUGGUGGAUAUUGCAGAAUGGCUUAGCAAUUUUAUUUUAAAAAAUAUAAAAAUUUGCCAUAGAAACAUUGCUUUAUUUGUUCUUAUGGAUUAUAGAAAAUUUUUGGCUGUGUGGGCUGGAGGUGGCACAGGGCUAGUCUGUGGGCUAGAUUGGGCCCUGCACCUAAGGAUCAGACUCUGCGCCACCCUGCUCCACUCCCCGCCAUCUGGCCUGGCUCCCAGCAGCGCAACUGUGCCCAGUACCAUUCUCCACUGCUCCACUUUGCUCUCUGCUGCUCCACUCAGCUCCCUGUUGUCCUGUGCUGCCCCGCUCAGCCCUGCAUGCUCAGUCUAGCUCACAGAGCCACACUGUUUAUCCAUGGGGCUCCUACUAAUCUGGAAAUUUGACAGCAGGGCAGCUGCAGUUAGUUGCCACCACUCCCCUCCACUGCCAGCUUCUUGGGCCCAGGGGGAUGACAUUGUCCUGUGGUCAGGGGGGGGUUGAACAUCCCUGAUAUAAAUCACUCUAUGCUUGCCUCAGGCAGUGGUCAGUGAAUAAGUUCCCUUUAGUUGCUUUAAUAACACAGAUGAGAAGAGAUCUUGAUUUUAGGUACCUCAAUAGGAAUAAGAAACCUUUGUGGUGAGCAAUAAAACUAAAUGGGAGAGGACUGGGGGCAGAGAAGGUGUCAUGGAGCUAGAUGUGGGUAGAGUAAGUGAGUGAUUUUACAUGUUUUUAAAUCUAUACCAUCCUAUACAGAAAGUGGGAAGUCACUUGGUUAAUAGUUAAGGGUGUGUUUGACCCUACCAUGCAGAGCUUGCAGUAUAAAGACAGGCACAGUAGAAAACCUACUGGAAAGUAAUACUUGAGGAAAUGUUUGCCCCCAGCCCUAAAAAGUCCAUUGAAGGCAGCGCAGAUGGUUUGACAGCCAGGGUCACGAUUUGCAGAUUUCAUGAAAGAUAUGAAGGAAAGGGUGAGCUGGAAGAUUGGUCUGCACAGAAAGGGAGCAGAAGAUUAAAUGGAGGGAGUGUUGGACAAAGAAGGGACAUGAUAAGAUCAUAGGUGCACUAUCAGCUGACUCUGCAAGAUGGUGAAAUGCAAUUGAGUGCCUAAGGUAGAUUAGCUCAUUUGGAAGAAGCUAUGCACAGUAACUGGGACUUGAGAAAGCAGUGUAUAGGCUAUCAUAUGCAUGCAAUGCCAUAUAUAAAAGCCUCCUGCCCUGGAUGAGAUACUUUAGUUGGUUUACCUGUGUACUGAAGUAACCUUGGACAGUAAAUGUUAUCAAAUACACAAAAUAAUAAAAAAGCACCUUUUUUUUUUUUGGUUUCUUUUGUUUUAUAUUCCUUCAACCCCCCCCUCUCCCUAGGACAUUCUUUUAGUAUUCACCUUUUGGGGUCCUUUACUUCAUUCUGUUAACAUGUUUCAUGUUCUUUUACUCUAGGGGAGACCAACCUGUGGCAUGCAUACCACAAGUGGAACAGGUGUUACCCAGAUUACAGGUACCCUUGUGGGUAGAUUACUGGUUAAAGAUGCAGAAACAGGUCUACAGCCCAACCUUUUAUUUGCUUCCACUUUAAAACAUGAAAACAAACAUUUAUCCCAAAUCUAUCUUGCUACCUGCAACAGCACAAUACAGAUCUCGUCUACACCAGCUGGGGAGAGUGGAGAGGUGGAAGGAGGGUGGCACAGAUUGGCAGCAUGUCUCAGCUUUGAGUCCUGCAAGUUUCCUUCCAGCCUACGCCCAAUGUUUAUAGUUGGCCAAUUCUAACAAAUGAUCUCGGAUUGAUUUUUAUUUAAGUUUCUUUGCUUCACUGAAACUUCUGGAACAGGACUAAAUCUCUAGAUCUCUUGUGGACUUAGAAGAUGUCAGUUAGGAUUUAUAUUCUUGAGAAAGAAAGGAGGAGGGUUUCUUAUGUCCUUUCCUUCACCACUGUGGAGUGUUGCUCAAUGCUGGCCUGUUUUUUUGUUUGUUUUUUUACCUUAGUUUAUGGUCUUCUAUGGCAAGGCUGUAUUUUGUUUUUACAGAUUAUCUAAGCAUCCUUAUGUUAAAAAUAUAUCUAUUACAACAAAGUAACAUCUGAUACAUUUAGUUACAUCAUUCAGUACUUCUACUGUUUUAAGAUAAAGCUAUGAUAUAGUAUUUUGGAAUUAUUUAAUGUGUGGGUCUCCCUUAUAUCCUUUCAGGUCUUGUGCUUAGUUUAAUUGUGUUUGUUUGAUGGCUUUUAUUGCUAAGUUAGUUGUCACAUCUGCAAAGGUUCAUGCUACGGUCUCUCAGAAACAGGCUUUGGGCCUUCCAUUUAGCAACACUUCUGCAGCUUGGCAGCACAGGACACACAACAGAUCUGGGAGGGGCAGACAGUGGUUAGCAGAGCAGCAGAUCAGGUAGGGAGCAGAAAGAGCAGCAAGUCAGGCAGGGGAAGGGGAUCAGAGUGGUACUUUGGGAUGGGGUGGAGCUAAUUUGUGGCACUCCUGUCAUAAAGGUUGGCCCCCACUGCUUUACUCCAUGUUGUUAGGAGUUAACAACUCUUACGUUUUACUCAGUUGUUCCUUUUUUUUUUUUUUUUUUUUUUUUUUAAUAGCUCCUCCUCUCCCAUUGUUGUUUCAUUUCCUGUUUGUGGGGAUUUAUUAUAACUUGUACUUAAUGCAUCCAAUCCUGAGAGGUGCUGCAUGCUUUCUAGUUCAGUUGACUUGAAUGGGGGUCUGGGUGUACCUCACCUGGUAGGAGCAAACCCAGUAAUGGCAUCAUGAAAGAAACAUCCCAACAGGAAUUGGUUUUAAGAACAGAAAAUCCAAGAACUAUGUACGCACUUUAAGAUAAGAGUGUGUACAAUGAUAAACAAAAAGCAAAGAUUUUGACUGGGGACCUCAGAUUGUUUACACACUUUAACUCUCCUGGUAUACUUGUCAAGUAGAUGGGGAGGAGAUAUAAUGGCUGUUUCACAUGCCCCUGAAACAAUCACCUUUCAGGGAAGUGCAUAGUAAUGUUACAAAAUGGCAUAAGACAGGACACAGCAAAUCCCACACCCACUUUAAAGUCUUGGAGAAGCCGAAGCAAAACCUGAUUGCUCCAGCUAGAAGUCAGUUGAACACCAAAAUGAAGUUUCUUUCCUUUCUUGCCUAAAACGCCCCCAGAAGUCUAAUAAUUACAGUAGUUCAGUCCCACCCACUAGAGACUAUCAAUGAGCAUACGUUUAACAUUAUACUUCAGCUUUGAUUGCAGUAUCAAUUCCAAAGACAGCCAGCUCUGGAAUCACCAGCUUCACUGCCAGUGAGGUGGUGUCAUAUGCAAGUAGUAGCCCAGCAAAGCCAGAUGAAUCUUGGAUAGGGUAAGGGGCAGAGGACAGGGCAGACUGGCUACAGGCCAAAUAUUAAGAAGGGCCUGAAUUCAGAUGGUGUUAUAGAACCAGAAUGGAGGAGCCCAAGGUUGCAUGCUCCUGAGUUUUUAUGCACAUUACUGAAAUAAUGCAAUCCCACAGUGUAGUCCUGUUUGCCAAUUCAAGAACUCCUUUGCAUGCCUCUGUCACCCAUGAAUGAGGCUCCUAGACUAAAAAUCAUGUGCUAUAAAAGACAGUUACUGUUGGAAUGAAGCUGUACAUUUUCUUCCCUUCCUCAAAGCAAGGAGCUAUCUUGCAGCAUUUCUAGAGCUCAGUUGAAGCCCCUUUCCCUUGUGUAAUGUUGACAGUGCUGUAGAAGUUCAAAGCAGUAACAUACCAGGGGGAGGCAACCAGCAACCCAUGGGCUAGAUUUAGCCCACAAAGAGGUUGAAUCCAAGCGGCAUAAAGCUGUGCUGAGCUGCCUGUGCCCUCUACAGCACUGUUCUCUGUAGCCCUCCCUGCUGUUUUCAUGCCUGCUCUUGCCCUUGCUUCCGAAAGAACAGGUAUCUUUAGUGAUGGUAAGCUUAGGCUGCUUGAGUUCUCUGAAUGAGGAGGAGAUUUAUGGCUAUGGCCGGCAGCAGGGAGCCAGGGGGAAAGCUUGGGAGAUGCGGGGGGAGGAGGUGGCGGAAAGGUUGCCAACCUCUGAUCUAAAGCAUGUAUUUGGUAGCAGUAUUGGUCUGAGACAAAAAGAAAUGCAAAACUCUAGAAUUCUUGGUUCAAAAAAAGAUGCCUUUUAUUAGACCAACUAAGAAAUUGCAAAAAAAUGAUCUUUUUCUGCAAGCUUUCGGGCACGCACACCCUUUGUCAGGCUCAGGGAUAAUUAAAAAUGGUAAAAAGUCCCCAUAGGUAGAAAAUACACAUCAUUUUGCAGAGGAAGCUGAAGGUGGAAGUCUGUUCCUCUGGGCCCACAAGAACAUCUUUGUGAGUUGCUUUUUGAUGUUCAGAUAAGGCAGGAUUUCUUCCCUGGUGGUGGCAAUCCCUGCUGUACACAUUUUUUGAAUAUUCUUAUCCUUCCAUAAAUCAACGCAGUACUAAGGCAACUAAAAUGCUACUUUUCUCUUGCAAUCCACAGGUGGCAUCUACUGCACCUUCUUCUACUGAAGUGGCUCUCAACCUUUUUAGAUUCAAGGCACCCCUCAGAAAAUGCCAGCUCUUAAGAGUUUUAAUGCAUUAUUCACUAUAGAAAAAAAAUACAGCAAUGUUUCUGUUGCCAAGAACCCAAAAAGACCACCACAGGUCAGAAUAUAUAGAUUUUUAUUUGAAAUUGUUGGGUCCAUCUUUAGAGUCAUGUUUGUACAUCUAACAGUGCUAACAUUAUGUAGCAACCUGAAGAGAUCUCAAGGCACCCCCAGGUGCCACAGAACCCUGGUUGAAAAAAAAUCACUGCUCUACUGUGAUGGGCAUCUAGGUGUGGGUGCAGUCCAAUUACUUCCCUUAUGUGCUAUUCAGUAGGACCUUAUUUUCCUACAGCUAACCCAUUGUGUGAUUUAUUCCUCAGAACAGGUCACAAAGCAGCCUAUUGUACACCAGUUUCCACAAAGAAAGUAACCACCACUAUUUACUGAUUCAAAUUACACUGCCAGCAGGCAGAGUACUUGAGUAGGCUUCCAGGACUUCAUGUGCAGAUGACUUCUGUUGCAGGGAAGCUCUCCUUGAUACAAUACUUUGCAUUAGAUAAUAAAAGCCUUGUUGAACUGCUACUUAGUUGUACCCCCUUGCCAAGUAGGGUGAUAGUCGUAUUUGCUAUCAGGUUAUGUUCUUGCUGCAUAUCUAGAUAGCAGAGUAUCUGCUAUAAUAAUCUACCCCAUUUCUCAAGGCAGGGAUGAAGUUGAGCUUACUGAAUCUACAGCAAGGAUAGCAUCAGUUUUUUCUUGUAAACUUUGUCCAAAACGUUUGCAUGCACUACU